GUGAAAUUACGCAUUCGUUCAUGAUCUGCAAAUCCGUACAAAUUUAAAACCCCUUCCCUGUUCUCCGCUAGACGAGACGAGGGAAGUCGCAUCUACCAUCCCCAGGCGAACAUCUCCCACCAAAUCACCGUCGUUUUCCACCAUUUCCAAGCUCACUUCUUCUAAAUCAACAUCCUAGUCCCUUCAUAAUGAGCUCUCCGGCAAUUCCUGGAGGCACUAGAUUCUGUUCUGGAUUCACGAGACUAUGCAAGGGUCUGGCCGUGGUUCUUGUUGCCGGCCACAUUGUGGUUCAGAUUUUGCCUUCGGCUGUUUCCUAUCUCGCCCUCAUCCCUGCCAAGACGAUUCCUUUUGCGUGGAACCUCAUAACAGCUGGUUACAUUGAACAAUCAAUACAUGGGGUGGUUGUCAGCACUUUAUGCCUCCUUGUCAUGGGGAAGCUACUUGAACCUGUGUGGGGUUCUAAGGAGUUCUUGAAGUUCAUUUUCAUAGUCAACUUUCUUACUUCGGUGUGUGUUUUCAUUACAACUAUUGCCUUGUACUACAUAAUGAGGCAGGAAAAUUACCUUUAUUUGCCCAUUUCUGGCUUCCAAGGGGUCCUGUCAGGUUUCUUGGUUGGCAUGAAGCAAAUUAUACCUGACCAGGAACUGUCCUUAUUGAGAAUAAAGGCAAAGUGGCUUCCAUCUAUUGCAGUAUUGCUAGCUACCGCUGUAAGCUUAUUUACGCCUGAUUCAACGGCAUAUCUCCCAACCAUUAUUUUUGGCACGUACAUGAGCUGGAUUUAUCUGAGAUACCUACAGAGGAAACCAGAAGCAAAACUAAGGGGUGAUCCAAAUGAUGAUUUUGCAUUCUCUACUUUCUUUCCUGAAUUUCUUAGACCAGUUAUUGAUCCUAUUGCUUCAAUAUUCCAUCGGAUGCUUUGUGGAAUAUCUGAAACUUCAACUGAAGCACAUGGUUAUACUUUGGGAGGUGCUCCAUUGCCUGGUUCAGACCCCAUUGAGGCGUCUAGGAGGAGGGAAAGGGGAGCUAGAGCACUGGAAGAAAGAUUGGCAGCUGAGAGGUUGGCUGCUGCUGCAAGGAGCGAAGAGGAGUCAAAAAAAGAUGCUUUGGAGAAUGUUUGAUAGCUUGGUCAUAUUCUUAUGGAGAACUCAAAGUUGUAUUUUGAUGACUGCUGAUAGAAUUUUGUGCAGUGUUUGGAGAUCAGUUUUCUAUUCUGAUUUCUGGAUGACAUUUUUGUGAUACGUGUUUGCUGUGGAUUAUUAUUUUAUUCAUAUAGUGAAAUUUGUAGCUGUAAUGAGCAUAUUGUUUCAUCAUUCCUCAAAGCUCAAGAAAUAUAAAUUUCUUUCCAUA